UAUUAUCUAAUAUAACAUCGCAAGAGAUGUGUCUCAUUUUUCUCCUUACAUCUUAAAUAAGGAUUCACUGACAUCUGUUUCACUCCUACUGCUUAAAUCAGUGUGUGACUAGAAAAAGUGUCAAAACCCACAGAACAGCAGAUUAUGAUGAAGAUGGCGUUUAUUAAAGAGGAGAGUGAAGACCUGAGGAUUGAAGAAACAUUCACAGUCAAACAUGAAGAGACUGAAGAACAAACAGACAUGAUGGCAUUCAAAGAAGAGAAUCAAGAACCGAAGAACACUGAAGAACUUGAUUCGAGAGAGGAACAUGCGAGACUUCACGCUGCAGAAAAGCCACACACGUGCCCUCAGUGUGGAAAGAGUUUCAAACAAAAAGGAAAACUUCAUGUCCACAUGAGAAUUCACACCAGAGAAAAGCCCCUCAGCUGCAGUGAAUGUGGACUAAACUUCAGUCGAAAAUCAGUCCUGAGCAGACACAUGAGGACUCACUCUGGAGAAAACCCCUUCACCUGUCGGGAGUGUGGGAUAAGCUUCAGUCGUAAAGAUGCGUUGAGCAGACACAUGAGGGUUCACACCAGAGAGAAGCCUUUCAGCUGUCAACAAUGUGGAAAGAGUUUCACUCAAGAUGGAAGCCUCAAACGCCACAUGCUAACACACACCGGAAAGAAGACUCACACCUGCCAGCAAUGCGGACAACGGUUUUUCAAUAAAUGGAUUCUUGAACGCCACAUGAGACAGCACACAGGAGAGAAGCCUUACACAUGCCAACAGUGCGGAAGAAGUUUUACUCUUAAAUCAACUCUUGAUGCGCACUUGAGGAUUCACACCGGAGAGAAGCCGUUUGUCUGCAGCCAAUGUGGGAAGAGUUUCAGACAUAACGUGACCCUGACUAACCACAUGAAGACUCACAAAAACAUGAUGGCACACAAAGAAGACAGUCAAGAACCGAAGAACACUGAAGAAUCCAAUUUGAGUAAGAAACAUGCAAGAAGUCAUGCUGGAGUAAAGCCACAUACGUGCCCUCAGUGUGGAAAGAGUUUCAAACAAAAAGGAAAACUUUGUGUCCACUUGAGAAUUCACACCAGAAAAAAGCCCCUCAGCUGCAGUGAAUGUGGACUAAACUUCAGUCGAAAAUCAGUCCUGAGCAGACACAUGAGGACUCACUCUGGAGAAAACCCCUUCACCUGUCGGGAGUGUGGGAUAAGCUUCAGUCGUAAAGAUGCGUUGAGCAGACACAUGAGGGUUCACACCAGAGAGAAGCCUUUCAGCUGUCAACGGUGUGGAAAGAGUUUCACUCAAGAUGGAAGCCUCAAACGCCACAUGCUAACACACACCGGAAAGAAGACUCACACCUGCCAGCAAUGCGGACAACGGUUUUUCAAUAAAUGGAUUCUUGAACGCCACAUGAGACAGCACACAGGAGAGAAGCCUUACACAUGCCAACAGUGCGGAAGAAGUUUUACUCUUAAAUCAACUCUUGAUGCGCACUUGAGGAUUCACACCGGAGAGAAGCCGUAUGUCUGCAGCCAAUGUGGGAAGAGUUUCAGACAUAACGUGACCCUGACUAACCACAUGAAGACUCACAAAAACAUGAUGGCACACAAAGAAGACAGUCAAGAACCGAAGAACACUGAAGAACCCAAUCGGAGAAAGAAACAUGCAAGAAUUCAUGCUGCAGAAAAGCCACACACGUGCCCUCAGUGUGGAAAGAGUUUCAAACAAAAAGGAAAACUUCAUGUCCACAUGAGAAUUCACACCAGAGAAAAGCCCCUCAGCUGCAGUGAAUGUGGACUAAACCUCAGUCGUAAAGAUGCGUUGAGCAGACACAUGAGGGUUCACACCAGAGAGAAGCCUUUCAGCUGUCAACGGUGUGGAAAGAGUUUCACUCAAGAUGGAAGCCUCAAACGCCACAUGCUAACACACACCGGAAAGAAGACUCACACCUGCCAGCAGUGCGGACAACGGUUUUUCAAUAAAUGGAUUCUUGAACGCCACAUGAGACAGCACACAGGAGAGAAGCCUUACACAUGCCAACAGUGCGGAAGAAGUUUUACUCUUAAAUCAACUCUUGAUGCGCACUUGAUGAUUCACCCCGGAGAGAAGCCGUAUGUCUGCAGCCAAUGUGGGAAGAGUUUCAGACAUAACGUGACCCUGACUAACCACAUGAAGACUCACAAAAACAUGAUGGCACACAAAGAAGACAGUCAAGAACCGAAGAACACUGAAGAACCCAAUUUGAGUAAGAAACAUGCAAGAAGUCACGCUGUAGAAAAGCCCCACACGUGUCCUCAGUGUGGAAAGAGUUUCAAACAAAAAGGAAAACUUCAUGUCCACAUAAGAAUUCACACCAGAGAAAAGCCCCUCAGCUGCAGUGAAUGUGGACUAAACUUCAGUCGAAAAUCAGUCCUGAGCAGACACAUGAGGAGUCACACUAAAGAAAACCCCUUCACCUGUCGGGAGUGUGGGAUAAGCUUCAGUCGUAAAGAUGCGUUGAGCAGACACAUGAGGGUUCACACCAGAGAGAAGCCUUUCAGCUGUCUACAAUGUGGAAAGAGUUUCACUCAAGAUGGAAGCCUCAAACGCCACAUGCUAACACACACCGGAAAGAAGACUCACACCUGCCAGCAAUGCAGACAACGGUUUUUCUGUAAAUGGAUUCUUGAACGCCACAUGAGACAGCACACAGGAGAGAAGCCUUACACAUGCCAACAGUGCGGAAGAAGUUUUACUCUUAAAUCAACUCUUGAUGCGCACUUGAGGAUUCACACCGGAGAGAAGCCGUAUGUCUGCAGCCAAUGUGGGAAGAGUUUCAGACAUAACAUGACCCUGACUAACCACAUGAAGACUCACAGAUAGGAGAACUAAUUUAUGUUUUAUUGCAGAUUUAGUUUUACAAACACUUUUAGAGACGCAUGAUAAUUUGAUUUAGUAAUAUUAUAGUAUUGCACUCCUGGAUCAAAACAAACGCAAGCGCAGGUUGCCAGUUCAAGGACAGGAGCGAGUGAUUUAAACCGCAUUCUAAAUGAAAGCAACGGCACGUGAUAGAAGGAGUAUAGAAGGAAACAGCCUCUGUUUCUCACGGCUGAACAACAGAAAACUGACAAUGAUCAGCUCAGAUAAAACAGUGCAGGUGCACAAGCACCCAAAGCCCCAUCUACACUAAUGGAAUAUACACAUUUGACUUCAGACAAACACAGAGCACCUAAAACACUGCAGUGCUCCAUGAAUAACACUUGUAUCAGAGUGACAGCAAUGUUUUGUCAGCUUGACAAUCUCUGAGAAUGGUCGCCGAGCAGUCUACGUAGAACCAGAGAAAGAUAAAGUCGAGUGUCAUCUGCACAGAGAUCACAUGAUACUACAUGUUUAAUAAACAUAAAUGCAACAUGUAUAACGAAAAAGGAAGAUUGGGCAACAGCUGGCCCUGUGGUACAGCCAGAGUAAAAGAUAAGCUGACCAGCAGAAACAGGGAAAAAAAAACCCACUGCUCUUCUGAAAACAGGAAGCAAAAGUAGACGUGAUCAUGAGAAAGAAAAACAAACACAAAAUCUUGUGUUGUUAAAUUUAAAGUAUAAAAUGUUGAAGAAAAGAUGCAAAUAAAGAACAGAAAGAGCAGAAAAGAGGAAAUAAGCAAAACUACAACCACAACUGAGCUCAAGUCCCGCUGGCUUGGUUAAAAUUAACUGCUAAUAAAACAAUACUGUAGACGAAAUUCGAAGAAAUGAACACAAAACUGGAAACUGGACACACUCAAAGGGGCAACACUCUGGCACUUGCAACUGGAAAAUCCCUUAAAGAAGAAACAACAAGAAUUGUGUGUGAAUUCUGUCACAUCUAUAAAUUCAUGUUGACACAAUGCAUUAAAUCUCUGCAGAUCUCGGCAGGAAUCAGUCAUUCAGUUUCUUUCGGCUUAGUUCCUUUUUUUAUCAUGGGUCGCCACAGCAGAAUGGUCCACCAACUUGUU